AUGACAAAGUGUGAAAUGGCUGUCAAAGUGUAUGGCUCUCCUCCCAACGUCCCGGUCAACCCGGAUUUCACCGUCGCUGUCAAGGCAGAUGGCCAGGAAUGGCUCCCUGUUGCUGCAUAUGCUGUAGACGUGGCGAACGCCAGCACCACCUGCAAUACAUUCAAUCGACACACCGUCGCUGUUGCCUCCUUCGAUUUUGAUGGCCCCGUGCAAGUCAAAGUAGACUACAAUGGGCCCAUACGCUCAGCAGAAAUCCGACCGAGAGCCUUGAGCAUCGAGACUCAGGUCCAGAACAACACAGUCUUCUUCUCGCUUGAUACACCAAAGGAUGUGAUGCUAGAAAUAAACGGAAACAAGUGGACGGCCUUGCAUCUUCUCACCAACAAGAUCGACCUGUCCGCGCCAACCGGCGACUCCGACGGUGUCUGGUACUUUGGGCCGGGCGUCAACCGGGGUGCAGCCUACGCCCGCAUUUCUGACGGUGUCAAUUUAAUGGUGCCGUCUAAUACGACAGUCUACAUUGCCCCCGGUGCUUUCAUUACCUGCCGCCUAAACUUUAUCGGUGUUUCCAACAGUGGCGUCCGCGGGCACGGCUUCGUUCUCGGUCCAGAGGGCGGCUACAAGUAUCGCGAACACGGCGGUGCUAUCCACAUGAGCGGCGCUUCCAACAUCCGUGUCGAGGGCGUCACCUCACUAGGUGCAAAUGGGUUCAGUCUGUCUGCAGGCGAGUGCCAGAAUCUCCACAUAGACCGGUACCGAUCGUUCUCGUAUGCUGGAAAUGGAGACGGGGUCGACAUUUUCUGCUCAUCCGACGUCACGAUUGAGAACUGCUUCUUGCGCAACUCGGACGAUACGAUUGCCCUGUAUUCGCACCGGUGGGAGUGGUAUGGUGACUCGCGCAAUAUCCUGAUCCAGAACUGUGUUUUGCUUCCUGAUAUCGCACAUGCGAUCAACAUGGGCACGCAUGGGAAUCCAAAGAAGCCGGAGACGACGAGCGAUGUUGUGAUUCGGAAUGUUGAUAUCUUGGACCACGAGGAGUACCAGUUGUGGUAUCAAGGGUGUAUCGCUAUCAAUGCUGCUGACGAGAAUCUGUUCCGCGAUAUCCUGAUUGAGGAUGUUCGUGUCGAGCGUAUUACGCGCGGUCAACUACUCAAUUUCCGAGUUAUGCAGAAUGCAAUGUGGACAACAGCUCCGGGACGAGGUAUCCAAGGAAUCACAAUCAGGAAUUUAUCAUUGGAUACGCGGGACUCAAAGGUUGUCAACCCGGCCAUGAUUCUGGGAUAUGACACGGCGCGUCUGGUCAAGGACGUCGUCUUCGAGGAUCUCCGUGUUGAUGGGAAAAUCAUCCACGAACAGAUGGACAAGCCCCGGUGGUAUAUGACUGCAGACAUGGUGCCGGUGUUUAUUAACGAGCAUGUAGAAGAUGUACAGUUUAUCAAGAGCAGUUAG